AUGAAAAACAAAUCUUCAUUUAACUAUGCAGCACUUGCUUCCCUAAAAUCAUCAAUUCCAACUACCGUAGAAGUGACAGCUGCUCCUGCAGCAGUUAAGGUGGGAAGUCAGUUCACUGCUAUCAAUGCAAAAGAUGACAACAGUGCAAAUAUUUCAGACGACAGAUCAAUCGAUAGCUCUAAUGAGGAUGAUGAAUCUAUUGUCAUCUGCUCCAAUGAAGAAGAGAAAGAAGGUGUCAAUGAAAAUGGAUCGUCUUUAAAGGAAUGUCUAGCAUCCACUGAUGAUAAACUGAAAGAUGCGGAUUCUGUCACUGGUGGAGAAUUCAAUUGGGGCAAACUUGCUGGAGGCUCUACUACUGCUCAACCAAAUGCUGCAAAUGCAAUGUGCACAGUUCCUUUAAAUCAUAGCAUCAGGCAAUGCUUAAAAAAAAUGUCCACCUCAUGGUUGAACAUUCAAUGGGACAUGGAUCUGUUGGCUCCCUUGCAUUCCAUCAACGUCUGCCAUAAAUCCCACAAUUUAUUUUUCGUUGCAGUUGCAAAUAGCGCUAAAAAUGUUAUGGGGGCAAAUCAGUCGACCGCUCUCAAUCACAAUGAUGACACAACCGCAAUUGUUUCACACUAUAAAUCAAAUAAAAUCCCCAAUGAAGAUGAUAUAUUUUCAUCAGCUCAGACGAUAAAGACAAAGAUGGUCAUAUGGCGAAAAUCUGUCCACAGAGACAAUGACAAAGACAACACAUCUGCAAUUAAUUCAGACGACGGAUCGAAUAAUAACUGCAACGACGAUGAUGAAUCAAUUAAAGUCAGCUCAAAUAGUAGAGUGAAGCAAGCUGUCAAUGACUUUGAAUUGGAUCCAAAGAAAUGUGUUGCGUCCAUUGUUGAUACUGAUCAGGUUGCUGAAACUAACGACGAUGAUGAUUCUGCUAUGGACAUCCUUGAUGAAACCAAAUGA